UAAAUCGCUAGGAUUGUAUGUUUUCUUGAAGAUGUUGGUCAGUCUAGUGUCGUAGUGGACGCAAACCUUGUUGAAAAUUGCGUCAAAGAGAGAUAUAACCUCUGAGAGUGACCUUCUGGUCGAUACCCAAUCCUCAGAGCGUGCCAAACGGUGGACUUAGCGUAUUUCGGCGUCGGGUUACGUUUGAUACUGUCUCGAGUCAGGGACCGCGGAAACCUUAUCACCUUGAGCGUGAAUAACACGACAUCUUGACGUAUGAUAGCAACCGGACUGGGCUGUAGAGUGAAUCGGACCAGCUAGGGAUGUGAUCCACUGUUUCUAGUGAGAAUUAUAGUGCACUUCUCUGCUAAGAAUUCACCAACAUGUUUUACACAAUUAGAGGCAUGCGUGUUUUCCUAAAGAAGUCCUCAGCACUGAUGAUGUGAAAAACAUAGCUUGCGUUCUCAAAACAAAGCCAUGUCUGCAAACGUUGCCGUAUGUCCGUCCGAAAACAUGGCCGAGAUGCGCCCGUCGGGAGGGACAUCCCCGCUUCUCCCUCAAGACCCGCAACAGCCUAUGGUACAAGCUGGAGUAUGGUGUGAAAAAUGCAAUAACAGACUGGUGGAGCUAAAACGGCAAGUCCUUAGGCUGAUACUACCAGAAAUACAGGGAUAUAUACACAGCGGAAACACCCCAAACGCGGGUUCACUGUCGACAAGAAUCUUCGGACAAAUACACCUCCCCGAUACCCACCUCAAAUCCUGGCAAAACGAGCACUGCUUGGUCUGCUCCACCCACCUGAACCAGCUCAAGUGGGAGGCGAUUUCCAUGGUGCACACGCUGGAAGAGUCGCAAUUCCUCGCUUAUUAUAACAUCCCGGGGUACGUCGUAGGGCCAAACACGGACCAGCUUCUGAGGCGGAUUGAAAAGGACAAGCAGCGUCACCCUGGAAACGCGACCACUGAGCAUGGUGAUCGUGGGCUCUUGUACGCGAGGCCCGAGGAUGGCAACUCUACCUCGUUCUUUCACAGGGCGGCACAAAAGUUGAAUCUUUCAUCUAAAAAGAAAAGCAAGAAACACCAUGUCAAAGAGAGUUCGCCCGCAGUACACGACGCCCCCGUACCCUCCCCUCGGCAUGCGCAGAAGGAGUCAUCGCCCUACCCUUUCCCCACCAAGUUCAAGGAAGUCCUACGUUUGUCACAACCGUCCGCACCACCUGCCCUACUGAAGACAAGUAAACGGACUGAUGGCAAGGUGAAGGUGAUGCUUCGAGUCUGUCCGAGCUUCAUAGGCGAGUCGGCCUCUGUCAUGAAAGUGGACACGAAACGCAAGCAAGUCACGCUCUACGACCCUAGUACCGUUAGUCACGUGUCCCAUUCACGACGAAAGAUGGGCGUCGCCGCGCCGAAGAUGUUCGCUUUUGAUGGGAUUUACGAGCCAGAUGCGUCGCAGUCCGAAGUGUGUUCGGGAUCGCUCGUGGACAUCAUUCAAACAGUCGUGAAUGGUUCGGAUGGUUGCCUGUUCACAUAUGGCCAUGCUGGACUAGGUAAAACGUUCACGAUGAUGGGACGAGACGAGAGCGAUCAGACGAUUGGUGUUUUGCCAUGUGCGCUAGCGUGGCUUUUCCGUCUUAUCAGCGACCAGAAACAAAAGACUGGUACUAAGUUCUCGGUCCGAGUGUCUGCGGUUGAGAUUGUUGGGAGGUCAGAGAACUGGAGGGACUUGCUCGCUGCGACCACGUCUACUGAGAAUGGUACCAAUGAGACGGUCAGCCCGAGUGUGUUCCUGAGAGAGGGCAAAAGCGGAGGAAUGCAGCUGCUCAAUCCCUCCGAGUUGCGCGCAUCCUCGGCUGAGAAAGCCGCUUUCUACCUUGACGCAGCAUUGGCGGCCCGCACGCGACCUUCUGGCGAUAAUGGACCAGAUGGCAGCGCUGAGCGAGACGAGACCAAAAACUCCCAUAUGUUCUUCACUGUCCACAUCUAUCGCGUGGAAAAGCACUCCAAAAGCACAGGCGUGCACGGGGGGCGAUCUCGAUUACAUCUCAUAGACCUUGCUAGCUGCGAGGGGUACACAGGAUCCAAAAAAGAUGGCGGAGCUAGCAGCAUGUCUAUCGCAGGCCUCGGAAACGUCAUCAUUGCGCUCAUCAAUGGCGCAAAGCACGUGCCGCACAAAAAUAGCAAGAUCACCCGCAUGUUGCAGGAGUCUAUCGGCAACACGUCCUGUCGAACCACCAUGAUCGCACACGUCUCUCCAUCACUACCAUUCUACGCCGAGACGCUCUCUACCGUACAGCUUGCAUCUAGGCUCCACCGACUGAGAAAACGCAAGGGCAAGGGCUCGAGUUCCAAUUCUUCUGGAGGUGAGAGCUCGUGUGACGAAUCACGAAUAAGAAAACCCCGUCUCCGCACAGCGGAACCGCGCGUGCGCACCACAGCUAUCCCGGCCAGGCUGCGUGAGGACGGCCCAGCGUCAGGCGAGGGGGAGGACCAGAGCAACAGCGAGCAAGAGGAGUACAACUCUAGUACGGGCGAAGAAUCUUGCGAUACUGUGAUUUACGUCGGGCCAGACGGCGAGCUUAGCGACAGAGACCUGACGGACCACGAGGGUCCUCCUCCGGUUGGAAGGUACUCUAAAACAGCGGGUAAUACUUCAUGGGAGGAGAGUGAGAGUACCAGAUCACUGAAAGAGAAAUUGGACUCUAUAGAAAACCAGCAGGAGGAAGUUGAAGACACCGUGGACAAGGAACAGGAGAUUAAUUUUGCUGCUGUUAUCAAGGAAGUGCAGGUUUUACCGGGUGCUGGCGACGAACCGCCAGUAAGGGAAAUUGUGUGUGAGGGAAGAACAGACGGCCUGGAACUCGGUGAAUACCUGAAUUUAGAGGAAAGUGACUCGACCCCGACGAGCAGAGAAACUGUUGCGGAAUGCUUUCGGGGAAUUAAAGAAUCGAUCUCUCAGGACGAAAUUGUCGAGAGAAUUAAGGACACUUAUUGUGAAGAGGAAUUCUUGGAAGAAAUCCGAGAGCUUGAUUCGCUAGUUGAGACUUUAGAUCAGAAUUGUUCGCCUCCUAGCGAACCUGACUUAGAUUAUAAUUUGGAAAACAGGGAAUACUGUAGUCAGGAACUUGACGACUCCGAAUUAAGCUACGGGCAAAUUUGUGGAGGAACAUCCAAAAAGCGGGAACUUUCAGGGAAUUCAAGCGAAUUUUCAGGAGAUUUAACAAAAGAUAAUCACAUUUCCCAAGGUUACCCUGGAAUACCUUGUCAAAUACAGGAAUACAAAUCGGACACUAGCAGUAACAAAAAGCGGCAAAGCUUAUUCCUGAGUGAGAACGUUUUACUUCUGGGUAAGGGCCAGGAAUUAAGCGAGCGGGACUUAAAGGAAACCGCGAAGUACGCAUUGAGCAAGGCAGAGAUUUUAUUAGGUGUUGGGUCAGAAGUGGUGGAAGAAGCCGGAUCAAGUAGUGCUCAAGACAUGCGCUACCACAAGCCUUCGUCACGUGUCAUCCACGUGGAGGCGUUCGUUGAUAAUAUUAUCAAGCCUGCGCAUGCGUCUAAGUCUAGCAGCUCCGACGCUUCGUCGUCGGACGCGGAGAGCAUUGUGUUACCGGAAAAACCACAGUUUUCCUUCAUGACAUGUGACGCUAUCAACGACCCAGCAGACGCGUGUCGCAAGAGAGGCUCGCGGGAACUCCUCGAGAUGGACCACCGCGCCUCGUUGCCAUGCUGUAACAUCACCGCCCAGCUCGUGGAGGCGUGUCAGCCAAACGGGAUGUACACGCGGGACAAUCGUCGAGAUCCCGCAGACGAGCAGCACAGCCCGGACGAGUUCUACUUUGACGACACAGAGCUGUCUUGGAGCGAGAAGGACGAGGACGUGGGCACGAUCACCGUGUAUUACGAGGAUGACAGGGGCCAAGGGGUAGAGAUCCAACAUUCGCAGUCAACAGAGUCCUUCCCUGACUUGGACAAGCAGCUUUCACUCGUAGAGCCAGUCCAAGACGGCACCGAGCCAGAGCUAGAGUUAAGGGCAGGGUCCAAUGAUAGUCUUGACUCCGACCCAGAACUACCACCCCGCUCCCCCGCCAUGGACACGCCCAUGCAAAUGUUCUACCAUCUGGUCCCCUCGCCACAGUCCUCGUCCACUGAGGAAGAUUGCGAUGACGGAAUGACGUCAAAGAGUAAAACCGUGAAAUCCCUAUCGCCAAUCCCAGAAUGCCCAUCUAGGGAGUCAAGUCUGAACAGGUCGACUGAAAGCAUCAACAUCCACGAGAAGCGAAAUCGUGAUAGCUUUAUUUACGUGGAGGUUCGAGAUAACCCGGACCGCAACACGCCCGUGCACGAGAAAGAUCGCGACUUCAUCUCGCCCCCCGCUAAGUACUUCAGGACUGUGGAUGACGUAGGGUCGCAAACCGAGCCGAGUGAAGUGAGGACAAUGUCUCCCGAUAAACACGAGCUUCGCUCCCUUCUUCAAAGGUUCGUAGCAGAGCAACUCAAGGAGUGCCAGGUAGAUGGACCGCCCAUCAACAAGACAAGACCGACGGCCUCCAUCGCUCUCGAUCACUCCACCUCCAUGCCCACAAAAUCAACUCCUACCUCCAUGCCCAGAAAAACGCCCAAUACCUUUAUACCAUCAACACCACAGGUGGGUCCUACCCCACCCAGGCGCGGGAAUAGACGAUGUAAGGUGAUCUCGCCUAGUGACUCCCCUGGUCAGGAUAUUCUACUGCCGCCACUGAUGCCUCAGAGGCGCGCCAUCCCGGAGACAGCUCGGGUGAUCCGCGCACCGCGUCUUAACUCUCGGACGGACCGGAGCUGCAGAAGUGACAUCGUGUGCUACAGCCGCAGCGCCGCGCAAAGGGAAGAGUACCGCGAUGAUUCUAGUGAGAGCUCCGCCAAGACAGAGCCGUGGUCACCGCAUACCGCCAGGUACAUGCUCCCGCCCCCUCUCCCAAGACCUACAACUAGUGUUACCUUCCUUGGUUGCGAGGAUGCCACCAAGAGCGGCACCACGGUCAGACCAGUCGAAUCAGAAGCUGAUACUAAACCGGGACCAGUAGGGAAGUCGGACAAGCCUAGGAAUAGAAACGACACCGGGUAUCAAAGUGAACCAGAAAUUGCUCUUAAAAGAGCGUCUCGCCGGGCCAGGAAGCAGAAUGAACUUGAAGAGAAAGGAUAUGCAAGCGAAAGUGACGGAAAGCGCUCAUCCCGUGACCGCUGCCCUAGUGCAUCGAAUACCGUUCGGCUUACUUACGUAGGCUCUGAGGUCUCGGACAGUGAGGCGGACAUUUCUGACCGGAAAUUGCGCCUUCACCAAAGUGAGCCUCAAAUGGAUCGCUAUGGCAACUUAAAGCGUCCCACCCUGAGCCGUGAGAGGAUCAGUCCCAGUACUCCCUACGCGCCUCAAGUAGAAUUCCGCGACCGACAAAAGCAGCGCUCGCAAGCCAAGCUCAUCUACAGGCUGUCAGGUGCUGACUUCCUGGAGGCGAUGUCGUCGGCGAUGGAGACCACCACCACGUCCACACCUACCGGCAGCAAGGUGUGCGUGCCGAGUGAGGCCCUGCGACAGGCCUCCCUGAGCACCCUGAAGAGCGGCAUAAGCAGCACGAGCACCGUGUGGAUCAUGAGUGAGCCCGCAAUCUCAUGCGGGGAGACGACAGCGGAUGAGCGCUCGGUACCAGGCACCCCGGCGUGCGUGCCGCGCGGCAAGUCCAUCAGUAAACUCAGGCUGUUCAGUCGUGACCGGGGGAGUUGCAAUAGCGUCCAUGCUAGCCGUGACCGGGGGAGCUGCCUUAGCGUGCGUGACCGAAAUAGCUAUAGCAGUGGUCACGCAAGUGACAGUAGCUUCUCCGAAAGCCCGGGCCCACGACAGAGCCGCAACCGCUCGUUGAAGAGAUCAAAAUCAGCAGCCUCAACACGAUCCGAAACAGCCAGCAGCAGCGGCUACGAGAGCAUGCGCGGCAACGACACCAGUCACUUGUCUAGCGAUAGCUGUAGCGAGAGGGAGACCGUGAGGGAGAAAAGAAGAGGAUUCAGGCGCAAGCGCAGUAACUCCGCCCCACCGACCAAUCGAAGGUCUCGAUCCAAGUCCCCGCGCCGCUGGUUCAGCCGAAAGUCCUUGGACGACCAAGUGGAGAUCAAGGUUUAUCACGUGGACGACAUCGAAAAACUCCAGCGCUUCAUGCAGGCAGAGGCCAACGAGGAGCGGUACCAGCAGCUCCACGGCCUACGACAGCAGCAGGGUGCACUGAAGGAAGAGUUGCGUCGCUCAAAGCAACGAUUGAUUGAAGACGACAAGAGGUGGAGUUAUGGACUCCGCGCCGAGCAAAUGUUCCCGUCUGAUGACCCUCGUCUUCCCCAAGCCCUACAAAUGGAAAACACGGUCCUGGAAAAACGCAUUAAAGCUUGCAAGUCAAGCCUCAUGAUGGUGACCUCCUUUGACCUGCCCAUGUCCACCGAAGUGUGACUUACUUGUCACGAAAUCUACUCAUGAUUGUGACCCCCUUUGACCUGGCCUUGUCCACCGAAGUCUGACGCGUGACUUACUUGUCACGAACAUUGUAGUGUUCGUAGCAAAACCCAGUUGUCUUCGCGGGCUCAAAGAUUUCUUGAGACUACAAGAAUGCACAAUAUUCGCACGGUAUUCGCACAUUCACACGAGCGAUUACUUAACGAGAAUCAGCCGACUAUCCAACGAAUACCACUCGUGGGCUUAUCGCCAUAAAAGGGUUCUCUCUAGCUGCACUUGAAGAUCGUAAUUGUUAUAUUUUUAAUAAUACCAAUUAUACAUAGGUAUUUAUUUUGUAUAAUAAAAAUCAUUCGGACAA